GCUGCAGUCUAGAAGUUUGCAGUUAUUGUCUCCACCAACUCUGGAUUGGGAAAUUACUGAUGAGCCCAUCAGCUCCAAUAUGUGCAAUGGCACGAGGUACAAUAUGUCACUACAGGAUUGCUGCGCAGGAAACCUCUACAACCUGACGACGGAGGGCUGUUGCGGAAACCACACAGUCUAUGCCUUCGCCAAUCGAGGCUGUUGCAACAACCAGGAGGUGUACAUCUACGGAGAGGAGAACUGCAUCACUUCGGCACCUAUAGAAUUCGACUGCGUGGCUGACUGGCCUCCGACCUCCUAUAGUCAUUACUGGCGCCUCUACUGCGAAGAAGCCCGCCACAUGGCUUGGGCCAUGACGAAAUCAUGCAAAGUCGGUUGGGUCUCGGUGAACCAGAGUAGCCUCGAGGAGGCUGAAGCAAAUGCCCUGGAGACCUGCAACCAAAGGGCCGCUGCCUUUGACAACGAGACUUGCAAAGUCUUCGACAGGGAUGGAGCUGAGUGCAGGAGACAGCGCUGCGGCACAGAAAUCUACGACGCGUCCGUGAGCUUAUGCUGUGGGGAUCGUGUGAUAGACCGUGUCAGCGAGGGCUGCUGUGGCCAUCGGGUCUUCAAGACGGAGACGCAUGGAUGUUGUCAAGGUGAGGUCUACUCCAAGGCCGUGUAUGGUUGCUGUGGGGAGGAAAUGCUUUAUGACAUGGAGAUGGACGGCUGCUGCUUGGAAGAUGGCCCGGAGGUCUUUGAGUUGGGCAUACAGAACUGUUGCCGAGAUCCCAAAGGGGUGUGCUCAAUCCGACCUGGCCAGUAUUCAUGCUGCCUAUGA